CCUAAUUAAGAGUUACUAUGCAGAUACAGUGGCUUGCUAUCAAAAGAAAAUUAAGUGAUCUUGAAAACUAAAUAUUUUAAAUAUUUUUGAAGCUAUCUUAGAACUUUCAGGAUAAAAAUAUUUGAAUUAUCUUCAUCGUUGCCAGUCAAAGAGGUCCUUGAACAAGAGUACUAUUGUUUUACCUUGUAAUAAAUAUUAUUAAAAAAAUUCUAAAAAAAAUUCCCAUGACACCACUGUAUCUGUAUCUGAAGCCUUGAUUGCUUUGUUCAAACCAAAUUGGAGCAGUCUACGCUUGACAAUUAAAGCUUUUUUUUUUUUUCUUUUAUAAAAAAUAUAAAAUAAAGCCAAGCCAGUUGCAGUUUCAGUUGCAAAAAAGUUCAUGGAUUAGUAGCCAGGUCCGAGCCAAGAUCUCCAAGCUGCCCACUCCAUGGGCCAAAUGCGAGAUAAUUGAUUUUCCCGUACAUAAUUUAUGACGCACGAAACUGACAGCCGGCUUGUAGAUUAAAAACUGCCACUGACCAGCGGCUAUAAAUCUUUUCCAAUCAUGCCGACCACCACCACCGCCGCCUGCCAAGCCACACUGAUCGCCAGCCUCCUCGCCAUGAUCGCCGUGAGUUCCGUACGGGGACAGUUUUUUUAUCACCAGGCAUUGGGUUUGCCAGCAGCCCACUCAUAUGAGCCAGCAUCGCAGUAUCAGGGCUAUGCCACAGCAGAUGCCCACCCGUCGGUGGUGCGCAACGCCCAAUGGGAGUCCGAGCUGCCGCCGGAGUUGUCGAAGAGCGCCAAGUUCUACAACGAUCCUGUGAUUGCUGCCAAUCUGGCCAAGGAGUCGCUGCUCACCAAGAAGGAAAUGGCUGUGGUGCAUCGCGAGGCUGAGAAAAUCCCACGCGAGCAGGUCUACAAGCUAUUCAAGAACGCCGGCUGGCUGAGUCGCCGAUAGAUCUCCACUAACUUCCCGUUUCCCACCUUGUGCCUUGUUGUAUUUUUAGCUUUUAAAUUGUUAAUAUAUUGUACAUAUACAUAUUAAAUGUUUCUACCACAGA